CCCCUCCAUAUUUCCCUCCCUCUUCUUUCUCCAUCUUUUUCUCCCCGUUGCAACAUCCAACCAUGUCACACUCCCACUCCCACGACAACGGCGCCGGCCAUUCGCACGAUGACUUCAACGGCCACGGCCACUCCCACGAGAUUCUCGACGGCCCCGGUUCCUACCUGAACCGCGAGAUGCCUCUGUCGGAGGAACGUGACUGGAGGGACCGUGCCUUCACCAUUGGCAUUGGAGGACCUGUCGGCUCCGGCAAAACCGCUCUGAUGCUCGCCCUGUGCCAAACCCUCCGCGACGAAUACAACAUCGCCGCCGUCACCAACGACAUCUUCACCAGAGAAGACGCCGAAUUCCUCACCCGCCACAAAGCCCUUCCCCCCUCGCGCAUCCGCGCCAUCGAAACCGGCGGCUGCCCGCACGCCGCCGUCCGCGAAGACAUCAGCGCCAACCUCCUAGCGCUCCAAUCCCUACACAAGCAAUUCCAGACGGAUAUCCUCCUGAUCGAAUCCGGCGGCGACAACCUCGCCGCGAACUACAGUCGCGAGCUGGCCGAUUUCAUCAUCUACGUGAUUGAUGUCGCGGGGGGAGAUAAGGUGCCUCGCAAGGGUGGUCCGGGCAUCACGGGCUCGGAUCUGUUGGUCGUGAAUAAGAUUGAUUUGGCGGAGAUUGUGGGGGCUGAUUUGUCGGUCAUGGAGAGGGAUGCGGCCAAGAUGAGAGAGGGGGGGCCGACGGUUUUUGCGGAGGUGAAGAAUGGGAAGAGGGUUUCGGAUAUUGUGAAUUUGAUUUUGAGUGCCUGGAAGGCGAGUGGUGCGUAUGAGGUUAGUUUGGAGAGGUGGAAGAAUGGUGGGCAGAGGGGGUCGGGCAGUGUUGAGGAGGCUUGAUUGGGUGAUUCAUGAUCAUGGUAUAUAGGGUUGAUUCUACUCAAAAUGUUCGAGGCUACGGUGAAUCAGAUCAAUGUACA